AAAUUGCUCCAAAUAUUGUACAAUUUAUUCACUAUAAUAUUAUUGUUUAAAUUCUAUUAAAUAUUAUACUGUUUUUAUUAUUUUCGCAGGUGCUAGAGCCAUUUGUUUAUGCUUUCAUAGGAAAAAAAAAAAAACAACAACAAAAUAUUAUCACUCUUUUGGGCAUCAAGUAGGGGGGUCAGGAGUUAAAAAAAAAAAAUAUAGUGUGUUGAGAGAUGACAAGUUGAGAUAACAACAACAACCAGUGAGAAGCUGGACUAAAUUAUUUCGAAAUUUUUCGAUUGGUUGCUGGAGAAAGAAAGGGAGUGUUCCCCCUAGAUGAUGAUGAUGAUGAAGAGAAGAGAGAGAUAAAUAAUACAAUAUCCCCAGAAUAAUAAUGUAUCAAAAAGAAAUAAAAAAAACAGCGCUUCGAUUUCUCGAAUCGCGUCCAGAAUCAUCUAAAUCGACGCCUUCAUUCCAAAACAUUGAUUAUUUUUUUUUAAAUAAUCCUCUAGUAGUAAUUGUUGUGUUCCAUUUUUUUUUUACUCCAAAAUAUUACUCCAAUUUUUUAUUUAAUUAGAUAAAUCCUAAACAAGUGUUGAUUGUUUUAUUUGGCUAAUAAAAAAUGUCGUGUUGUGAUGGUGAAGAUGAUGAAGAGCAACCACAGCCAUCACCAAGAGUUCGUGGAUGCACUGAUGUUUUUUGGCUUUGUUUAUUUAUUGCAUUUUGGUUUUUAAUGAUUAUGAUUGCUGCAUUUGCAAUUGUUUAUGGAAAUCCAUUGAGAUUGAUAAAUGGCUCUGAUAGUUUUGGUAAUACUUGUGGAAUGAAAAAUAAUCAAAAACUUGGUCAAACUGAUUUAUAUGGUCAGGAUACAAGUGAUAAACCGUAUCUUUUUCAUCUUGACAUCAAAGACUUUAAACAAUCAAGAACAAUAUGUGUUAAAAAAUGUCCAGAUCGUACAAUGAACAGUAUGGCUGAUGUAUGUAAAUUUUAUCAAGACACUGGCUCAAAGCUAUGUCAUUAUCGUGUUGAGCCAGGCUUUAGUCCUUGUGAUACUCCAGCUGACAAAUGGAAUAAAAAUGAAACUUAUUAUUGUCCAAAAAUGCCAGUUUAUGAUAGUCGACCAAUAUUAAAUCGUUGUGUACCAAGAGUCAUCACAGAUACCACCAAAAAACUAGUAUCAAAUAUUUAUGGUGAUGUGUUAAAUUCAUGGCCAAUCAUUGAACAAUUUUUGGGUGAUCUUUACAAAACAUGGAGAGAAAUACUUGCACUGUCAAUAUUGGCAUUUAUAUUUUCUCUAUUUAUGAUUGCAAUAUUUCAUUUAAUGGCAUCAAUUGUAACAUGGGUUGUUAUACUUUUAGUCAGCAUUGCAUCAAUUGGUGGUACAUCACUUCUUUGGAUGACAUAUUUUAGAAUUAAAUUCACACUUGACAUGACUGAUGAAAGUCAACUGCUUGAUGAAUCAGUAAGAAAUGAACGUUUUUUUUUAAUAUUUUCAAUAAUAGCAACAGUUAUAACAGUAAUAUUACUAUUGCUAAUAUGUUUUUUACGUUCACGUAUUGAAUUUAUGAAUAUUUUAUUUCGUGAAAGUGCAAAAUGUCUUGCUGAAUUACCUGGUUUAUUUAUUCAGCCAAUAUUAACAUUUAUUGCAUUGCUAUUAUUUUAUACAUUUUGGAUAAUUGUAUUUUUAUGUUUGGCAACAGCAAAUAAUCCAACAACAAAAAGUAUAUCAAAAUUAAAUUCAUCUGGUCAUUUUCAAAUGUUAAAUGUAGCAACAGAAGUAUAUACACCAUUUGUUGAGCCAAAAAAAUUAAAUGUACCAAUUGGACAAUUUAAUGAUUUAACUGUUGUUGAAUAUGUUGAUCCAACAUGGGUUAAAUAUAUGUGGUGGGUUUAUUUUAUUGGUUUUAUUUGGGUAUCUGAAUUUAUAAUUGGUUGUCAAAAUUUAAUAAUUGCUGGUGCUGUUGCACAAUGGUAUUUUCGUGGUAAAGAAGAUGGUAAAUCACCAGUAUGUUCAGCAAUUGGUAAAUUAUUUAGUUAUCAUCUUGGUUCAGUUGCUUGUGGUUCAUUGUUAAUAACAAUAUUUAAAAUUCCACGUUUAAUUAUGACAUAUUUACAUGAAAAAUUUGAAAAAACAAAAGAUACAUCACCAUGUUCACAGUGUGGUUUAAAAUGUUGUAUUUGUUGUUUUUAUUGUUUAGAAAAAUUUAUACGUUUUAUGAAUCAAAAUGCAUAUACUGUUGUUGCUAUUGAAGGUACUAGUUUUUGUAAAUCAGCAAGAAUUGCAUUUUCAACACUUGUUAGUAAUGCAUUACAACUUGCUGUUGUUAAUGGUGUUGGUGAUUUUAUUUUAUUUCUUGGUAAAUGUUUUGUAACAGCAGCAACUGGUAGUAUUGCAUUAUUAUUCAUGAGACAAGAUCCAAAAUUACAUUUUUAUGCUGUACCAAUAUUUGUUGUAUGUGUUAUAUCAUUUUUUAUAUCACACUGUGUUAUAUCAUUGUAUGAAACAAUUAUUGAUACAUUAUUUUUAUGUGUUUGUGAGGAUAAAAAUUUAAAUGGUGAUAAUGGAAAAUGGCGACAAUUUGGUCUAGCACAAAUUGGAAAUAAUGAUACAAGUACAAAUGGUCAUGAAAUGACACCAAUGGUAAAUUAACAACAUUAGACUAACGAGAAGAAAUUAACAAAUAAUUAAUAUACGCACAAAAUUUAUAAAAUAAAUAAAUAAUAAUUUGUAAUUUUGUUUUUUUUUUUAUUAAAUAAAAAAGAAGAAAAAAAAA